UACCUCAUCAUGAGUUUCUGUUGAUAUCUCUCGCUCAGUGAAAGUCAGCUGUGUGAACCUACCAAACCGAGCAAAGCGGCUCUAAGCCAGUUUAUAGUUGUAUUAAAGGCCUGGAUACUUCGCGUUUUAGUUUAACCUUUAUUUUUUAAAGAGCUAACCACAGGGUAAAGGUGGAGUUUUUCUAGAUAGAUUAAUGGUAUUUUCGGAUUCUACGAGCACUGAGACCACGGUGUUCAGACUUCCAGAAAGAAUUGUUUCUCUCAGCGAUGAACCUGAGGUGGCGACAGACACGGUUGCUGGUAAGCUGAGUUCUACUCUCUCAUGGGUGAAGAACUCGGUGUCCCACACGGUCAGUCAGAUGGCUAGCCAGGUGGCCACGCCCACGUCCCUGCAGACCACUGCCACCUCCUCCUCCACCUCUCUGUCCUCAGCUGGCCUCUCCCCCUCCUCACCCGCGCUGCUCAGUCCUGACGAUGUGGAGCUGCUCGCCAAGCUGGAGCAGCAGAACAAGCUGCUGGAGACAGAUAGCAAGUCUCUGCGCUCCAUGAACGGCUCCAGGAGGAACAGCGGCUCCUCGCUGGUGUCCAGCUCCUCCGCCUCCUCCAACCUCUCCCACCUGGAGGAGGACACGUGGAUCAUGUGGGGACGAAUCGUCAACGAGUGGGAGGAGGUGCGCAAGAAGAAGGAGAAGAUGCUUAAGGAUCUUGUCAGAAAAGGGAUUCCUCACCACUUUCGGGCAAUAGUGUGGCAGUUGUUGUGCACCGCCCAGAAUAUGCCCAUCAAGGAUCAAUACUCAGAACUCCUGAAGAUGACGUCGCCCUGCGAGAAGCUGAUUCGCAGAGACAUCGCCCGCACUUACCCCGAACACGAUUUCUUCAAAGAGAAAGACAGCUCGGGUCAGGAAGUGCUCUUCAACGUCAUGAAGGCAUAUUCUCUGGUUGACCGUGAAGUUGGCUAUUGUCAAGGGAGUGCAUUCAUUGUAGGACUUCUACUCAUGCAGAUGCCAGAAGAGGAGGCGUUCUGUGUGUUUGUGAAGUUGAUGCAAGACUACAGAUUACGAGAGCUCUUCAAACCCAGCAUGGCGGAGCUGGGUCUCUGCAUGUACCAGUUUGAGUCUAUGAUCCAGGAACAACUCCCGGAGCUGCAUAUACAUUUCCAGGCUCAGAGCUUCCACACCUCCAUGUACGCCUCCUCCUGGUUCCUCACCAUCUUCCUCACCUCUUUCCCUCUGCCCGUCGCCACCAGGAUCUUUGACAUCUUCAUGUGUGAGGGUCUGGAGAUAGUUUUCCGUGUGGGACUGGCCAUCCUUCAGAUGAACCAGACUGAACUCAUCCAGCUUGACAUGGAGGGAAUGUUACAGCACUUUCAAAGGGUCAUCCCACACCAGCUAGACAGCGGGCCAGAUAAGGUCAUCACGGCUGCCUAUCAGGUUAAAUACAACGGCAAGAAGAUGAAAAAGUAAGCAGUUCAUCAACUCCUAAACCGCCUCUCCUUUUGCCAAUGCAUUCAUUCUGUUGUAUCCUACAAUGGCCCUAAUGUGACAAUCAUAUUAAAAUGCGAUAGCCAAGUCAUAAAACUAUACUGUACUAUGGCUAAGAUUGAGGCUGUCCAAUGGUCUCUGAGACGACCCACCUUCUCCACUUCUAGGAUCUUGUCCUGCAUCUCCAUGAGGGCGCACACAGAAUAGUAUUCGACAUACUUAUCUCAUUUUAUUCUCCUUCUUCCGCCAAAAAUGUUGUCUUACUACUCGUCCGGCAGCGUUGACACGUAACACACAAAAAACACAUCAAAACGUGCGGAAUGACCGGGAUCGAGUUGCUAUGUUUUAUAUAAGAGAUUCGCAUAGCCGUUUUCACGCAAAUCGCAGAGAACUGCGAUCAUUUGCCACAUAGGAAUGAAUGGGAAAUCCAUUUGAACAGAGCUCAAAAACACCCCACUUUGACCCCAUACAGAUUCCACAUACUUUGACGUAGAACAGAAAUGACAAGUUUAAACGGUUCUCGAGACUAUGGACUCUACAGACUAAUCGGAUAUUUUUUGAUACCUAGUACGGUUCUCACGUAGUCGCAGCUUACGUUUUGUGAAAAUGUCACACUGUUUCACAUUUUAUAAUGGGUGUGUAUAGGAGAGCUCUUUAAGACUUAGGGGUAUUCUUUGUUGUAACUUAACUUAGCGGGACGCGCACCCAAGUUUCAGUCACACAGUCAACAUUUCUUUGAAUGUUCUAGUUUGUAUAUCAUAUCUACUGCAUCUGAAGGAUUUGUAUUGCUCUGGCUUCUUUCACUUCACAAUUAAACUCACUAAACUAUUAAACUAACUUUUUUCUAACUAUUUCUAACUUUAUACAUUUUCAGCUAACAGAAUGAAUCGUACGGCAGCCAUAUCAUUUUGCAGUGUUACAUGUUUUUCUAUUUGAGACUCA